UGUUUGCGCCUGCGCAGUACUGAAUCAAGACUGGACUCUCUCGAUCAGCAGCAACAACGCACAAACAGUGGGGAACAGCAGCCCCCCUCUCCUGCAAGCCAGCAGCUUCUACAUGCAUUGGGUUUGUGAUUUUACCUGAUGUCAGCACCCUCAGGGGGUGGGAGGGUCUGCAAAAUCAAAACCCAGUAACUGACCUCAGUUGAAACUUUCAGCUGGUGCCCACUUCUGUGACCGCCCCCAUGUUCCUGCAAAGCACUAAAUAGCUCUUUCUAAAAAACACUGUUGCACAGCUAAAAGAAGAGACUUGUUUUCAGUAUGGAGGGCGUAGCAGUGCAAAACCUGAUAGACUUUGACCUGCCCUCAGAUAACACAGCUCUCAGCGCAGAUGCAAGCCAACAUGAAGGCCACACAGAUAUUUUCUCCCCAGAGCCAGCGUCUUCCAUGGGAGUCCAACAGCAGCCCUUACUGCCAGAGCCCAUGGCACCAUCCAAGGCCAACUCUCACCACCACCACCACCACCGCCGCCAAGAGGAAGGAGGCAACGACAGUGACGCCACAGAGUCAGCAGACAGCGAGAACGACAUGGACACACCCUCUCAUACGUGGGAGCUGAGGAGGUCAUCGUCUUCGUCCGCUCACAGUCGGGAGGACGCUGAUGCUGAGGCGGUGGAGAAGAGGCAGUUCAUGAAGGCUUAUGUGGAGAAGGUGUUUCAUGGAAAGGAGGACUUUGACCAGGAAGAGAAGGCUCGGUUUGGAGAACUGUGCAGUGGAGAGACUGGCAAAGGCAGGGAGUGGUUUGCCAAAUAUGUCAGCGCACAGCGCUGCCACUCUAAAUGUGUGUGUGAAGCUACCUUCUACAGACUGGUGCAGUCUUUUGCAGUUGUCCUGUUCGAAUGUUACCAGAUGGACGACUACAGCCCGGCCAAAAACCUCAUGACUAUGUGCUUCACAUACUACUACAUUGGGAAGUCUCAGCCGUCUCCCUCAGAGCUGCUGGAUCGUGGUGGACCUCCAGCUGGUCUGGACUCAUACCUCAACAAGGCCAACUCCUGGCUGACUGGGAAAAAGGAUGCUGCCGAACGCCUCCUUAAAACUACACCUAAGCCUGACGUCAAAGGCUUCUUUGGAGGCCUAGAGAGCAAGCUCAGGAGCUCAAUGGCUCCUAAGCCUGAACAAGGGGAAAGCCCAGGUGAGACGAAGCCCAAAUCACCAGUGUCUGAGGCUCCGGAGGAAAAGAAAGGAGAGAAGGUUUACCUGUACACUCACCUGAAGCAGCAGCCUAUCUGGCACACGCUGAGAUUUUGGAACGCUGCUUUUUUUGAUGCCGUCCAUUGUGAAAGGAAGAAAAGAUCACCAACCACAAGGGGAACGCAGGAUGAAGAGAAAGACGAGAGGGAGAAGUGGUGUCACAUGACCCAGGAGGAGAGGGACGACAGCUCCAAAAUCGAUGAGAACAUUGUCUUCGGUCAACUGGGGACAUUCACCCAUAACAUGCUGGCGUUUGGGCUCAGUAAGAAGCUGUGCAAUGACUUCCUGAAGAAGCAGGCAGUGAUUGGGAACCUGAAUGAAGAACAGUACAAGUUGCUGAGUGACCACAUAGAGAAAAUGGCGGCAGAGUGAGUUUGAGGACGACAGGUUGCAUUUCGAAGUCUCCGCAUCAAAGACUGAAAGCAGACGUCAGAUUUCCUUUCAGCUCCUCAUAGUGACCAAUUCCCUGUUUGACUGUUGUUGCAUUUUGUGUGGUGCACUGCUGAGAAACAGCAUAAUCCUCUGCACUGAACUGUGCCAUAGUUGUAGCAAACACUUGUUUAUCCAGCUUGAUCGUGCUCUUCUGCAUCCUGUUCCUGUAUCAGCAAUAAUACGAUAUCAGCAGCUGGUGCAUACUUCAAUAUCUGUAACGCCUCUGUCUGUGACCUGCUUUACCAAAACUAGAAGCAUCAAGUGAAACCACCAAGUAUAAAACCUGAACAUGCUCGGUAUGGUGUCAGAUAGAUAAUGCUGUUUUAUUCUGUGUUUCCUUGGAAACCCUAUUUAUUACAUGUUAGCGUAACACAUCUAAUAACAUCUGGUGUGUCAUCCUGACGUAUCAUCCUGCCUUGUUACAUUUUAUAUAAAUGUCCACGCACAGGUCGAAGCAGACGGGUACGCGGCUCAUAGUCUUCUAAUCUACUCUUUAUGUGGCGUCUAAAGCUGAUUACUGUACACUGUAACACUGUAGUAUCCUUAUUGGCAAUACAAACUAAUAAUACAGCUUUGAAAUCAUGUAAUAUAUAACUUUAUUGCUGGCAUUUUAAAAUGGCUGAAGUAAUAUCCCUCCAUGACCUCUCUUAAAGAAAUAAAUGGUCUGCGCUCUGCCAGGUGAGGCGCCCCUCAUCACUCUUUCUCUCCGCUAGAAACACUUCUGUUGUGUUGUUCUUGCAGCACGUAUUGUCAAAUUGAUGAAGAUGUUUUCUGAAUUUGUUUGUGUUUUCUUAAGUUGCAGUGUGUUGAGCUCUCUGGGCCAUCGUAGGAAACACCUACCAGCACUUCUGAAGCUCACAAGUUAACAUGCAUUUUGUUUGUUUAAUUCACACAAAACUGAAGUAUAAAAAUGACAGUUUGCAUGUUUUGUUGAAACCACAACUUGUGAUUUUUACACUUCAGUUGUUGUGUGGAUUAAACAAACAUGAUAUGAUGUGUUAAUUGGUGUAAUUUCGAGGUGCUGGUAGGCGGACGGGCUGCUGUAGGGAGGACGUAGAGCAGAGGACGUCAGUAGAGUAGGCAGUCCUUGUGGCCCCAGGACACAUUUGCGUUCACACUCCUAAAAGAAUUUGGACACAUGUGGCCCGGACCACCUCCAAAUGUAUCCUCGAUAUGUCUUGGGUGUGUUCACACCUGAACUUAGAGUGGACCACUUGUGAUCAGAUCACCUGAGACGGAUGUUAAUAUCAGGUCUGAACAGGGCCUGUAUCCUCCUGCUUCCAGUCUUUACGCUGAGCUAAGCUAACAGCCUGCUAGCUGUAGCUUCAUAGUAGACAGACGGUGGUAUCGGUCUGCCACUCUUGUUUUGUCUUUCUUCUUCUCGUCUUACUUCUUUAGAGAAAUGCUGCUAGCUUUUUCAAUUCCAUUUUUGCCGCUCUCACUCCGACACACAUUUAUAGCCCAGUGGUAGUGAUUUUAUGCUUUCAUUUUGAUUUUGAUUAGAAACUGAUCCCUUAGGAAGAUUUCCCUUCCAAAGUGCCUUCCAUGAAAGUUAAUACACUUGUCUUUAUCCUCUGAUGCUUCCCUUGAUUGAACACUAAUGCACAGCCUGCAAAGACCACUUUUUUUUUAAUCAUUCCCUGCUAAAUUCACAACUGCUGCAAAUACAAUUCACUGUAUUUCUAUCUGUAGUGGUUUAUAUUCAUUUAGUUGGGCUGUAAUGCCAACAGCAUAGCUGAGCUCCGGCCCGCCAUACACACUCUUUCCUGUUCUGCUGCAUGUGCAUCUAUCUGUGUGUCUACCUAGCAUGUGGAAACAGUAUCAAGCAAAUGUAAAGUGAGUGACUGAACUGUGUAGUGACACUCCCUAAUUGUAUUACUUCAUCUUGCCACAGCGGGGUAGCAUUGUGUCUUCAUUCAAACAUCCAACUCGUCUGAUUCAAGACUAUAUCAAUGUGUGUGAAUAUGAAAUAUGGUUGUCUACAUUUGAACGUCAGGAUGAUGAUCUCCCUGACAGCCAUUUCAAAAUUGUUGUAAUCUAUUGUGUCAAUGAAGUAAUUCUGUAAAUACUGUAGAUAUUUCUCUUUAUGUUGUAAGAAUUUAAUCAUGUGCUGCUGUCUGUGAAUUGUGGGUCUUUAAUUGCAGAUGCAUAAACAAUAGAUGUACAGUAACAGUGCUUUGUGGCCCUUGCGUCCAUGAGAAAUAUAAAUGUCUAACUGUAGUCAUGACCCUGAAGUGCCCCCGUACAGACCACCUGUGUGUGAUGUGGUCAUUCAGUGUUUGCCUGCAGUUGUGCAAUAAUCUCCAGUGUAAAUGCAGCUGGAUGACGUGUCUUCAUGUCGUCUUCUACACGCAGUCUAAUCAUACAAAUCAUAUGGAAAGCCUUGCAGACCUCUGUCCGCUUUAUACUUUUUUUUUUUUAAUUAGCUCUGUUAAUUCUCUCUCGUGUCCCUUUGCAUGUACGUCUCUAAUUCAUUGAAACAUAUUUUUAGGCUUUGUGCAAAAUGGCUGUUUUUUCCUGAUGUGAUCUUUGACUCCUGAUUUGGUUGAAGUAUUUGACCUGUAUAUUAGUAGCUCAGCAUGAGCCAUUUGCACUACAUUUAGUCUCAGCAUCUCUACACAGUAAUCUUCCUCUGAAUAACAUUGAUGCCUUUUAUAUUUGUUCUGCAUGGCCAGUGCUCUCUCUCUCUCUUUACAUGGAGCAUAUCCUCUGUGAAAUCUUGAUGGUAGUUUCUCUUGUUGACCGAUUUUUGUUCCGUAUCAACCCAGUGAAAUUUAUCAUUGCAGGAGUACAUUAGGUUUUUGUGGAAUUGCAAAGUUGGUAUUGUCCCUGUGUCCCCAGUUGAAGUUUAGUUUUGGGGUUCCGUGCUAAUAUUUAUCAUACAUUGUGCUGUGUGAUGGCAGCUAGCCAGCAUUAUUCAAACCGAGAUGAAGAUUCAUUCAAAACAAAAUAAAAGACCAUUAACUCGCUGUAGCUAAUGUAGCCUUUUUUAUUCUGGAGCUAUCUCAGGUGAACAUUAGAUGAUUGACAUUGACCCAAAUCUCUCACUUCAUUUGGAAAAAUAAAUAACUAGAGAAAGUUUAUGCAAAUUUUACAAAUUAAUUUACAAAACUGCCACUGACUGAAAAUCAUCUGAGACUACCUGUUGUUUAUUCAACAGUAGGACCUAGUUCAUAUAAAAAACAGUAAUAUUCUGCAUGUUAGCAUAUCUUCCUAGCAUCAUUAGCCAACUGCCAUCAUGACAAAAAGUACUGACAUUUAUAUAAAUGUGUUGUGUUGUAAAAGUGAAGUGUUAUGACUGAAAACACAGUAUGCUAACGUUCAUUAGCCUGUGACUAGGCUUGGUUUAGCUGCUCUGACUGUAAUUCCUGUAUGUGAUGAAGUGGUGACGAUGCUAAAUGUAACCUAGCUAGCGAAUGACAGCAAAUAAAGCAUUUGGGAAUCGAGGCUUAACUGCGAAGUCACAUAGAAUUUAGCAUGUAUGCUAUCAAAUGUUAGCUGGCAUAGAUGGUAUACGGGGAUCACGAGGUUAAUAUCAGUGUGUACAUGUCUAUCUGCUGGGUGUACAGUCGCCUCAUUUGCAUGGACAUGUAAUGUUGAAUCAAGUUGCUGAAACUGUAAUAAAUUUAUUUUUUGAUGUCA